UCUUCUCUCUUUUUCUCUGCAAUUUCGUGAAAUACCGCCCUUAUCCUUGUUUUCUUCUACCUUCAUCUUCGUCGCAAAGCAACGAAUCUGAAACUGAAUCAAAACCUGAAAAGAUAUACUUUUGGAUCCCAUAAAGACUUCAGAUCUUGUCGUUGCAUCAAGUAUCUGGACUUCAAUGGCGUUCUUUUAGCUUAGCUGCUCGUUAUCUUCUCUCGCACUUCCCGAUCCAUCGGAAUUUUUAUAGGUUGUAUCUAUAUUUUUAUCAUGUGGAGGUUCAAGCCAUUCACACAGAAGGAGCAGAGUGGGUUAGAAGGACGUACAAUUGAUGUCGGUAAUGUAAAGGUUCAUGUCCGGAAUAUUAUUGCUGAAGGAGGAUUCUCUUGUGUUUACCUUGCUCGAGAUGUUCUUCAUGCCUCCAAGCAGUAUGCUUUGAAGCACAUCAUAUGUAAUGAUGAGGAAUCCCUGGAGCUGGUGAGAAAGGAGAUCUCAGUGAUGAAAUUGCUCAAAGGACAUCCAAAUGUUGUUUCUCUGCAUGCUCAUACAAUCUUGGAUAUGGGACGAACAACAGAAACUCUUCUUGUCAUGGAAUUUUGUGAGAAAUCUCUGGUUAAUGUGCUGGAGAACAGAGGAGUGGGGUAUUUUGAGGAGAAGCAGAUUCUUUCAAUUUUCAGGGAUGUGUGUAAUGCUGUAUUUGCAAUGCAUUGCCAAUCCCCACCCGUUGCCCACAGAGACUUGAAAGCUGAGAAUCUUCUUUUGGGGCCUGAUGGAAUGUGGAAACUAUGUGAUUUUGGGAGCACUUCAACCAAUCACAAGCGAUUUGAAAGGCCAGAAGAAAUGGGCAUAGAAGAAGACAACAUCAGGAAACACACAACGCCAGCCUAUAGGGCUCCUGAGAUGUGGGAUUUGUUCCGUAGAGAAGUUAUAAGUGAGAAGGUAGACAUUUGGGCUCUUGGCUGCCUCCUUUACCGGGUCUGCUACUUCAAAUCUGCAUUUGAUGGAGAGUCAAAGCUGCAAAUUUUGAAUGGAAACUACCGUAUCCCGGAAUCACCAAAAUACAGUUCAUCCAUUACGGACCUUAUUAGAGACAUGCUUCAAGAAUCUCCAGAUGCCAGACCGGACAUCACGCAGGUUUGGUUUCGUGUUAAUGAGCUAUUGCCUAUAGAGUUGCAGAAGUCAUUACCAGACAGGGCUCCAGAUAUGCACCCGCAAACUGGUCACUGUGAUGUGAGCAUGCCGAACCCUGGAAACAGAACUCCUCCAAUGCCUCGUCGGAGUCCUCCACCUGUACCUUCAUCCAGGGAGCAAGUUCAGAAUGUAUCACCAACAUCUCACACAUCCAAAGCAGGUGGAGCUGGAGGACAAUUGGGUGCAUUCUGGUCCACCCAACAUGCUAAAGGCUCGCCAACUGUGGAGGACAAGGGAAGGCCCAUUUCUAAUGAAGAAGCAUCUAGACAAAGCACAUCAAAGCAUGAUCGACGGAGUCCAGAGAAUCAACGUCGUUCCGAGAACACUAGUUCUUCAAAAGAGCAAAAUGUCCGAUCACAUGCCUUGAGGAGGAAUAUGGAUGAAAACUCUGACAAGAGGUUUGAGGAGGCUCCUUCUAAGGACUUUGAAAUAAGGUUUGAUGAUGCGGAUCAUGGUUCUGGGAGAGCAAAAACAUCAGACUCAGCAAAUGUAGCAACUUUCCAGAAUGAAACAUUCAACACCUUUGUAGCUGAAUUUGAUACCGGAAAACUUGACUCUGCAAGUAAUAGUAAUAAAUCAGAAAAAGAAGCGUUAGAGGCUGAAGUGGAUAGGCUGAAAGAUCAGCUGAAGCAAGCCAAUAUUGAGAAAGCUGAAAUAAUGUCCAAAUAUGAGAAGUUAACCAACAUUUGUCGUUCUCAGAGGCAAGAAAUCCAGGAGUUAAAGCAAGCUCUGGCUGCUAGAACUCCAUCACCCGGCAAAGAUGCUCCAAAGAACCAAACUUCUCCUGGAAAUUGGCAGUCUGCCACUCCUCCGCAGGAGGAAAAGAUUGAAGAAACUCUGUGGGAACUCCGGCAAGGGAUGGUUGUAAACAGUUCACCAAACCCAGACUCCAAGUCAUGGCAAGCAUUCCCUGAGGAGCCCAAGCCUCCUCAGACUUUGCGGAAGAAUAGCACUCCCAGAUCAGUUCGGACAGUAAAUGGCCAUGAGAACAAGAAGGCUCCUGCAACAAGUCCCAGCUCUCAGAAUUGGGGUUUUGAAACUGAGAGUUUCAGAGCAGUCCCAGCGAGUUCUCAGAUUUCCAAAACUGCUGGUCCAGGGAAUAGCUCCCAGCGGUUUGGUGACUCAAAGAGUGCGGAAAGCAAGCAGGCUUCUCAGCCUGCUGGGUGGGCGGGUUUCUAAUUAAAGUGUUGUGAGAAUUCUGGGGAGGUACAUUACAAGUACCUCUAAGCUCCCAUUUGGUUAGAAAUGCUACCAGAUUAUUUCCUCUUUUGCCUCAUCUGGUUUUAAUUUCUAACAGAAAGAAGAAAAAAUUGUGAUGCAUUGUUUUGUGAGCCUUGUCUCUUGAUCUGGAUGUUCCUCUGUUAUAGAUGCCAGAAAGAGGGGAAAAAAGGGAAGAAAGAACAUUUGUGAUGUCUCGAAGACAUCCGUACCAAAUAGCAAGCAACAAGUGUACAGUUUCUUGUGUGUACCACUUGUUGGAGGAAAUUUAAUAAUGGUUUUUGUAUAUUGACUCUCAUGAAAUUCUUGCCCUAUCCCUUUUGAUUCCUUUGUUUGUGCUGGCUUGGUG